ACAUUACCUUGAAAGAUAAUGAGUGCAAUGAUUUGGCGAUUACUACUAAUCAUAUUCAUACAAAUUUCGAUAACAUCAUCUCAAAAUAGCGAUCGGGUUGCUUUGCAGGCUUUGAGGGAUUCUUGGCAGGACACACUACUCAACUGGAACGAUGAUACAGACCUAUGUGAUUGGGUUGGUGUCACAUGCACCAACUUUCGUGUGACCUCAUUAAUUUUAUCAAGCAUGGGAUUGAGUGGUGGGCUACCCGGAGAUAUCGGGCAGUUUACUGAGUUACAGAUAUUAGAUCUAUCUUACAAUAAAGAUAUGCGCGGAUCACUCACUCCAGCUAUCGGAAAUUUGAGGAAGUUAACUAAUUUAAUUCUAGUUGGCUGCAAUUUCAACGGUCCAAUUCCAGAUAGCAUUGGCAAUCUUGAAAGGCUAAGAUAUCUGUCACUAAAUUCAAAUGGAUUCACCGGAUCCAUUCCACCUUCCCUUGGUAACCUUAAGAAUCUUUACUGGCUGGAUCUUUCUGCAAAUAAGCUUACAGGGAGUUUACCAGCUUCUGAAGGGACACAGCCGGGUCUUGAUAUGUUAACUCAUGCGAAACAUUUUCACUUUGGAGACAACCAACUUUCGGGUGAUAUUCCAUCAGGGCUCUUCAACUCAAAUAUGAGUCUGAUUCACCUGUUAUUUGAGAAUAAUCGGCUUACCGGCAAAAUUCCUACUACGUUAGCCCUUGUGCAUCCUCUAGAGGUUGUACGGCUUGACAGGAACAUGUUGAGUGGAGAUGUUCCAUCAAACAUCAACAGCCUCACAAAUGUGACAGAGAUGUACCUUUCACUUAAUCGAUUUACCGGCCCUGUACCCAAUCUCACUGGCAUGAACCGUCUCAACUAUUUGGAUUUAAGCAAUAAUGGUUUCGACCAGUCUAAUAUUCCAUCAUGGUUUUCCACUCUACAAUCUUUGACAACCCUUAAGAUGAAAUUUACAAACCUUGUCGGAGAACUUCCUGCUUCCUUUUUUAGCAUUCCCCAGUUACAAAACGUUGAUUUAAGUAAUAAUCGAAUAAAUGGCUCCUUGGAUAUUAGCUCGAAUCCUAGCACACAACUUGAACUUGUUGAUCUUCAGACAAAUCUUAUUACGGAUUUCACCCAACGAAACCAAUAUGAUAUUGGUUUAAUACUGGUUGGUAAUCCAAUAUGUACGGAAUCAGGGGUGACAUACAAAUUUUGCUCUCUUCCCACAAAUACUAGCGGUAGAUCAUAUUCCACCCAAUCAAACAAUUGUGUGCCUCCUUCAUGUGGUCCGAACCUUGUUUCAAGUCCAAAUUGUCAAUGCGCAUAUCCAUUCACGGGCUUGUUUUCGUUUAAAGCUCCUUCUUUCUCUUCAGUUACAAACUCAACCAUCUAUGACUCACUUCAAAAAUUAUUGAUGACAUUCUUCAAGAAUGCCUCACUUCCUGUAGAUUCAGUGUCACUUAGGAAUCCCACCAGAAAUAUGGAAGAUUACCUUGUGCUAAGACUUGAAGUUUUCCCAUAUGGUGAACUUAGUUUCAAUAGGACAGGAAUUAUUGGGGUCUCAUUUGCACUUAGCAAUCAAACCUUCAAGCCAAAGAGUGAUUUCAACACCUACACAUUCAUCGCUGAAAACUACAAUAAUUUUUUUCCAGGAUCGACCCCGAGAGGGGCAAAUAAGAAGUUAUCUAAUACUGGAAUUAUCAUAGGGUCAGCCAUUGGUGGUUGUGUGUUUGUAAUAUUAUUAGUACUUGCUGGUAUGUAUGCAUUACGCCAAAAAGGACGAGCUAAACAAAUUGUACAACAGAGCCAACCUUUUGCACUAUGGGAUGCAACAAGUGGAAGUGGUGGUGUUCCUCAAUUGAAAGGAGCAAGAUCCUUUACCUUUGAGGAUCUAAGCAAAUGCACAGGCAACUUUUCAGAUAUUACCAAAAUAGGAGCAGGUGGAUACGGGAUGGUGUAUAAAGGAACUCUUCCAAAUGGGCAGCUAAUUGCUAUCAAAAGAGCUCAGCAUGGAUCAACACAAGGUGGGCUCGAGUUUAAGACUGAAAUAGAGCUUCUUUCAAGAGUUCAUCACAAGAACGUUGUGGGACUAAUUGGCUUUUGCUUCGACAAAGGUGAACAAAUGCUGGUAUAUGAAUAUAUCGUGAACGGUACACUCAAAGACAGUCUUUCAGGGAGAUCAGGCAUUAGGUUGGACUGGAUGCGCAGGUUGAAAAUAGCUCUUGGAGCAGCAAGGGGGUUGCAAUAUUUACAUGAUCUUGCUGAUCCUCCCAUCAUACAUAGAGACGUUAAAACGAAUAAUAUCUUACUUGACCAACGAUUAGUUGCAAAAGUUGCCGAUUUUGGCCUAUCUAAACCAUUAAGUGAUGCUAAUAGGACUCAUGUUACCACUCAAGUCAAAGGGACCAUGGGCUACAUGGAUCCUGAAUAUUACAUGACCCAACAAUUGACUGAAAAAAGUGAUGUCUAUAGCUUCGGAGUUGUGAUGUUGGAGCUAAUAACUGCAAGAAAUCCAAUUGAAAAAGGUAAGUACAUUGUGAGGGAAGUGAAACAAGCAAUGAACAGGAAUAAAGAACUAUACAAUUUAUACCAACUCCUUGACCCGACCAUCGGUUUGAACAGUCAACUUAAAGGUUUAGAGAGGUUUGUGGAUCUGUCACUAAAAUGUGUUGAAGAAAGUGGAAAUCAAAGACCAGCAAUGAGUGAAGUUGUAAAAGAGUUGGAGAGUAUUAUGGCAAUGGUAGGACUUAACCCGGGCUCUGAAUCAUCCUCAUCAACUUCUGCAAGUUAUGAAGGCACCAGAAAUUCUGACUACAACCAUCCCUACAGUAAUGACAGCCUUUUUGCUUAUAGUGGAGGUUUUUUGCCACCAAAGUUGGUUCCAAAGUAAGAUUUCUUUGAUUUUGCAUCAAAGUACACCCAUAUACACCUAUCAUAUUUGUAUGUGAUAAGUUCAUACCUAUGUUUCUUGCAAGUAUGGAGAUGUGAUAAAGUAGAAGAUAUAUGAUGUUACACGUCUAAAAUUUGUAAGUAUAUAAAGUACAUAUGACAUAUAUGUAUUUCUAUACGUAUCUGAUAAGUACACUGUUAUAUUUCUGUUGACCUUGAUAUUAAACAAGGAUUAGCGCAA